GGCGCGAGUGGGACUGGUAACGAUACAUAGGAGGUGUUGCUUUUUUUGAAUCAACAACGAGGACUAUGAAAGGUCAUACCAGACAUGGCCUUAUUGCGACAAAUCUCACUUCUCGAUCAAGCAUACAUCUUGACAGAAUACUACCUACACUGAUACCAAUUAUCUAAUUACAAAUUUCUUGGGGCUAAUGUCUCGAAAUCGCGAGUAUAUUUGGGCGGAAACUCGCGACGAAACUGACGACUGGCAAAGGCUAUUUGACAAGUCGGGAGAACGCACACCAAGCCCCACACGACAAAUCCAAUUCGAUAUAAAAGAAUCAUCAAGACAAAAUAAGGCAGCUGCCCCAGACCACCUCGACUUGUACAACUUUGAUGAACCAGGGACAGAAGAAAGCAGAUAUGUGUUGACAAGCCCAAGGUCUUUAGAGGCGUGUGCAAGGUUUGGCAUCAAGCCUGUUGAGUUACUUCACAAGUCUUAUGAAGAGUUCCUGGAUGAGUUCCAAGCCCUUUAUGACACAAACUACUCACAUGAAGCUGUCCAUGAAGUAUUCCAGGAGCAUGAGAGGCAGAGAAAAAGGAAACUCAAGUUGUGCAGGGAAGAAAGAGAGAGAAUUAUCCAAGAGCAAGGAAGAAGAGACAGUGAUGCCGUUAUUGGAGAAUUUACCAAAACAAGUCCAGCUGACAAACACAGAGACAGCAGAAGUACCGAAUCCCCCGUCGGACGGGAGCAGAAAGAAAAUAGAUACACGAGUAGUGCGAGCAUGCCUGUCAGCCAUUCCACCCCUGAUUUGCACCAGGAAAGGGUAACAAUUUCUUACGACGAAGCACCUGUAUCCUUGAAGGAGAAAUCUGUCAAUGGACAGGGGACUAGGGAAAGAUCGGACUUUGCAGGUCGCCCGCCAUCUGGGAAAAAAAUUGGAAAAAGCAACAGUUUCAGUCACCGCGAUGCGAAAACAAAGGGCGAGGCGUCUGACUUGAAUGUUGGCGACUCAACAUGCAUGAGCCCGCAGGUUCGCCGUGUGAGAAGUCAGUGGUCUGUUCCCUCUUCCCCAGUAAUAUGUUCACCGGCAACGUCGCCGCGACCUUCUCGACGUGGAAGCAAUGUCUCUUGCAACUCAAUGUCCGGCGCGUGGGGCAAGAAACCGACCAAUAGGACCAUGUCGACUGAGUGUGUGUUGACUGCAGUUAAAGGAAAGCGCAUGUCGAAAAAGGAUCAGCGUAUCAUUGACUUGAUGCUGUCUCGCCACGAGGAGGCCGAGCAGCUACGCAAGGAGCGCUUGAUGCUGGACCUCGAGUGGGACGAGCAAAAGCAGCUAGAGAACGACUUGAGACAGGCACGGGAAAAACAGCGACGCGCUGAGAUCUACGAACAGUACGCGGCCAAGGACGCCAAACAGAUGCAAGCCCGUCUACGCCGAAAAGAAAAAGAAGAAAGACUGAAACAAGAAAAGCAAGAAGCCAUACGAUGUAAACAGGCUCUCUGGGAACAGGAAAAGCAAAAACAAGAGCAAAUUAAGAAAAACCAGAUGCAACUCAAACGGUUAUCUGAAGCUGAGAAAAAGCGGCAGCAAGAACAGAACCGACGUCGAAAAGAACGAGAAGAAGAAAUGACGCGAAACAUGAGCUACCUGAAUCUGCUGGAUAAACACGAACGUGCUUCGCGCGUGCGCAAUAGACAGCUAACUCAGGAACAAAUGAAACUGAAACUUCGAAAUGAAGAGGAAAAAAUGAAGGUGUCUGAAAUGAAGGAUAAAGUGGUUCAGAAAACGCAAGAGGAGAAGUUGAGCAUCCGACAGCAAAUCACAGAAAAACACCUGCGAGCGCUGGAGAACUACGAACAACAACUAAUGCAACGGGAUAACGAACUGCGGAGCAGCAAGCGCAAAAAACUCGAGAAAGUAAGUCGUCAACGUGAGGAGCUGGAGAGGAUGGAAUCGGAGCUAAAUGACUGGCAGCGCAAUCUCAAGGCCUACCAGGAGGAGAGUUUAAAGAGGGCAGAGGUUGUUGCGUCAAUGAAAAUCGCCAAAAAGCAGCAGAAAACACGGACUCAACUUACCGAGAAACAGCUUGAACAUACAGAGAAUCUGCAAAGAGUAAAAGAAGACGAAGAACGUCGAAAGCGGGCGGUUGAGCAGGACAUUGAAAUAAAGAACGAGAGAAGUGAGCUGGUCACUAUAGAAAAAGAACAGAUUCGCAAACUUAGCCGAGAAACAGCUGUGACGUCACAAGCUGUGCGGGAUCUAGUGAGAGAGCAGACUCUUAAAGGCUCGUUCGAUAACAUGGCCCACAAGGCACAGGUAGAAGCUCAUGUUGGUCGAGGCCCGCAAACUGGACAUAAGAACCAAUCACAGAUUCGCCUUGGCUAACCUGACACCAUAUGCUAGAAAUAAUAAUAUUUAUUAAAUAAUGUAGUUUAGCCCUUUCGAUGUCUUCUACCUAUAAUUUAUGAAUGUCCACACUCUUUUUAUUCACUCGCAAAGGGAAAGACUUGGGUGUCUUCUAUUAACUUUGUAUUUAUUCAGAAAUUGUUUUUACAUUUAGUACCAUAUGUACAACAAAUAUACAGUACACCAAAGAAUAGUUCAGCAGCAAUUAUUUUAUAAGUGAAAGUAUCAUAUCAUCUUUUAUUAAGUUCAAACAACUGUGGAACCAUAUAGUAACAGAUUAAGUGUAAAAUAAAGCUCAAGAGUGUAAAAAUGGUUAGAGGUCCAAAUGAUAUUGUAUAUCUUAAAGAUAAUAAAACUUAAAUUAAAUAUA